AUGCGUAUCUUUGGCUGCAGGACGUUUACGCUUGUCCCAAAAGAGAAGCGGCUUAAGUGGGAUCCAAAGUCUCGUGCCGAUAUUUUUCUAGGAUACGAGGAGGUAUCUAAGGCCUAUCGAGUUGGUAGCGAAUCUGAUAGUGAUGAUGAUGGAAAACGCAAGAAGAUUUCGUACACAGGGAACACAAGCCAAUACAUCACAACAGGUCGACGUAAUCAAGUUGGACUUGAAGAAGCAGGUGCACCUGAAGACUUUAGCGAACGACGAGCUAAGCGUCGGUCGGUUGAACGUAUGGCUUCUAAUCACACAAGUGAAAAUAAAACAGCACCUCCCGUGUUCUGGCGAGCUAGUGCCAACUUGAUUGAAGUCGAUGACCUUUCGGAUACAACAACAUAUCAAGAUGCUGUCAACGGAUCAGACCAAAUUCAUUGGCGCAAGGCGAUCUGUGCGGAGCUGGAUUCUAUGAAACUUCGUGGUAUUUUUCGUGCUGCCAAGCUCCCAACUGGACAUCAAGCCAUUGAACUCAGCACGCAUCGCCGCAAAAUGCUUCAAACAGCAAUAUGGCUCCAGCUACACCGAGACUUUUGCGCCUGUAGUCAAGUUUGUUACGCUACGAAUGGUGAUCAGCUUAUCAAGACACUUUGGCUGGCCGCUGGAUCAGAUGGAUGUUGUUACGGUUUACUCUAUGAAGUUAUGAAAGAAGUCGUCUAUUGUAUCAUACCAGAAGGAGUGAAGAUCAAUGGAUAUUUUGAUUGCUUAGAGCUAGUUAAUGCAAUUUACGGCCUUAAACAAGCUUCUCGCGUAUGGAAUAAAACGUUUGACACUUUUUUAUACUCUAUUGGGUUUCAAGUCUCAGCAUUUGAUCUGUGCCUAUACAUCAAGUGUGCGAAUGAACAAUGUGUUUUUUUGCUUUACGUCGACGAUGUCCUGGUCACUGAUAGCUCGCUUGAACUUAUUGCGCUAACUAAAAACGAACUCAAGGCUCGUUCUAAGAUGACGGAUUGCGGCCAGUGUGAAUUCCUUUUGGGCAUUGAAGUCGUGGAUAACGUUGACGGCAGUGUAACAUUAUGCCAACGCCGCUACAUUGGCGACAUUCUCAAGCGCUUUGGCAUGAUGGACUGCAAAGCUGUGGUUGGUCCAAUGAAUUUAAACACUCAACUUACUUCAAGCAGUGCAACCACCAAUAUUGAAGCACCAUUUCGCGAAACUGUGGGUACCCUUAUGCACUUGAUAACAGCGACACGCUCGGAUAUUGCGUUAAAGAGAAUUUCUCGCUAUCUACAAGGGACUAAGUCGUUUGAUAUAUAUUUCAACCCGGCAACAAGGUUAACUUCUAUGGAUAUUCAGCUGCAGACUGGGCUGGUGAUCAUGCCGAUCGAAAGUCGACUAUCAGCUACGCAUUUUCUCUGA